AUGCCGUCGUCGAGCAUUCUCAAGAAGCUCCAUUUGACUAAACUGACCCCUCAUUCCCAAGGCCAAAGCUCUGCAGCAUCAUCCAAACCUGCUGAAAUCACCGUUGACUCAUUGGACAACAUCAAUUCUAUGAGCUACUACAAUCAGCCUGCAAGCAUCCCAUCAGAACAACCCCAAGUACCAAACCAAGUCGGCACGCAAUUUCUGCCCCAGCAGCAGCAAAUUCCUUUAUAUCAACAUCAAUUGCAGCAGCUGAUGCAAGUUCAACCUCAACCGGUGCCACAACCUCAGCAGCACUACGCACUGCUGCAACAGCAGCAACAGCAACAGCAGGCUGACAACCAUGCCAUCAACCUUUCCCUUUUACCGAGCAGGCUGACAGUGUCCAAAGGCAAGUAUGCUUUGUCUGAUUUUGCAAUCAUGAGAACCUUGGGAACAGGAUCCUUUGGCCGUGUCCAUUUGGUGAGAUCCGUGCACAAUGGUCGUUAUUACGCCAUCAAGGUGUUGAAGAAACAUCAGGUAGUUAAGAUGAAGCAGGUGGAGCAUACAAACGAUGAAAGAAGAAUGUUGAAGUUGGUGGAGCACCCAUUCUUGAUCAGAAUGUGGGGCACCUUUCAGGAUGCCAAGCACUUAUUCAUGGUGAUGGACUACAUCGAAGGUGGUGAACUUUUUUCACUCUUAAGAAAAUCACAGCGUUUUCCAAACCCAGUAGCAAAGUUCUACGCUGCAGAAGUCGUCUUGGCUCUAGAAUACUUGCACUCCCAUGACAUCAUCUAUCGUGACUUGAAGCCUGAAAACAUUUUGUUGGACCGUAAUGGUCAUAUCAAGAUUACCGAUUUCGGCUUUGCCAAAGAAGUUUCGACCGUCACAUGGACUUUGUGUGGUACUCCUGACUACAUUGCGCCAGAAGUCAUUACCACGAAGCCUUACAACAAGUCUGUAGACUGGUGGUCUUUGGGUGUGUUGAUCUUUGAGAUGUUAGCUGGCUACACCCCCUUUUACGAUUCCACGCCAAUGAAGACAUACGAAAAAAUCUUAUCAGGAAAGAUCCAUUUCCCAAGCUUCUUCAAUCAUGAUGUUGUUGAUUUGCUCUCCAGACUUAUCACAGCCGACUUAUCCUAUAGAUUAGGUAACUUGUUGAACGGUCCGGCUGAUAUCAGAAAUCACGCUUGGUUUUCAGAGGUUGUGUGGGAAAAGUUGCUCGCAAAGGAUAUUGAAACCCCCUAUGAACCUCCCAUAACUGCCGGUACAGGUGACUCCUCUCUUUUCGAUCACUAUCCCGAGGAGCAGUUAGACUACGGCUGUAAUGGUGAGGAUCCAUACAAGGAUUUAUUCACGGACUUCUGA